AUGCGACAGUUGGGGCAACAACAACAAGAAAAUCACCGGAAAUCGUCCAAUUCAUAUAUGGCAAACAACCAGCGUUUAGGUGCUGUAGAUCAGGACCAGAAGCAUGGCCAAGAGCAGGACCAGGAGCAAGAGCAGGACCAGGAUCAGGACGAACAACCGCGGCCUCAGCAGAUUCACCACCAGCGCUUUUUUCCUUCCGGCGAUGUGGCUUCCUCCUUGUCGGCAGCAGCUAGUAUGCCUCCCGUGCCCCAAACGCCGUUUGAUCCUACAUACGGGGCUUCAUUGCUACCUUCACAUAUGUUAAUGGGGUCUCCCUUCGUGUCAACUCCGAUGAGACCCCAAGGUCACUUCCAUCCUUCGGCAUCCAGCCACAGUAAUCAUUCGAGGUCUUUUUUAUAUUAUCCUCAGCCACCGAUAUUAAAACCUAUUCCGCCAAGAAGACGCAAAUCUUUUAGUUUGAACCAUAGUGAGCCUUAUCAAGUUAAUUUCAAAAUUCUGCCUAAGGGGAAAGAUGAGUACAUGACUAGGUCGUUACUAUUUAGCAACUUGGAAAGACAGGAAAAUUUUGAUAUUCAUAAUUUCUUGACCAAUUUUAUCAAGUUUGGUCCCAUUGAAUCAAUAUAUCUAUUGGAUGAUAGCCACUCUAUUUUACUAAGUUUUUUGACGAAAGCAACCUGUUUGGAUUUUUACAAUAAUUUGUUGCAGCGGUUUUCUGAGUUCAAAUCAAAGUUACAUUCGACCAAGUUGUCUGUUAGCUUUGUUUGCCAGGAUGAAACCAAUUGGUUCAGGCUAUUGCAGAUGAACGUGGUGACUAGAGGUGUCACGAGGUCUUUAUGCAUUGAGUUUGAGGAUCAAUCCAUGGAGCUAACUUCAGAUUUGAUCCACGAAAAGAUUCCUUGGUUAUUCUUUUCACAUAGGUUUGUGAUAGAAAGAAUUGAUUUGGUAAAUGCGGCAGCGCCGAAGAAUCAAAAUUUCAACAACAGGUAUUUAUUGAUACAUUUUAUUUGUAUAUCAAUGGCAUUAGAAGUCGAAGAAUAUUUGCAGCAGGCUUCUCAAAAAAAACAAUUAGGAAUCUCAAAAAUCCAGUUUGUCAAUGUAAAUGGGCACAGUUCUGAUCUUUCAGAUGAAGAUGCAGUAGCGGCUGCCAAUGGUUUACAGCGGGAAUCAAGAACAUCAUCUGUGUCUUCCAUUUCAUUGCCAAUUUCUAACUCUUCGGAUCUUGUUGAAUUAUUCCAUUCUUUAGAUCUGGCACUUGGCAUUAUUUCUUUACAAGUCAUUCCGUCAGAGUACCCAGUCCCACUGAUUGAAUCUCACGAUGAUCAUUUGCACUCAGUAACUAUAUCAAGGCCAUCAAAAACCUUAACUUCAUCCACAUCGUUGGUGGAAAUGGAUGGUGGUCCAAACGGUGGUACACCAAAUGGAUCCAAUGCAAUGCAAGGUGUUCUUCUACUGAGUGACCCUUCUUCUGAUGGGAACACCCCCUCGAUGUUACCAAAUGAAUUAAAUAUAAAUACAUCGCUCAUGCCAGGCCCCAUGGGAGGUCAAGUUUUGGGAACAUCUCAAUCACUCUCUCUUCAUAAUCCUAAUGAUAAUGGCGGUGCGGGGCCAUCCUAUUUCAUGGAUCCAAUGUCUGGUGCGCCAAUAAAUCAAGCAUUGCAGCGCCAAUAUUUAACGGGAACUGGUCAGGUGGGCGGUUCAAAUAAUAGGACUGUUUACAUUGGCAAUAUUCACCCCAGGUCAAAACCUGAGGAUAUUUGUAACGUUGUUCGCGGCGGUAUUCUUCAAAAUAUCAAAUGGAUUCAUUCAAAGCGGAUCUGCUUUGUUACGUUUAUCGAAGCCGCCGCUGCCAUUCAGUUUUAUGCAAAUGCAUCAUUGGAACCAAUUGUAUUACAUGGUAAUAUUUUGAGAGUUGGAUGGGGACAGCCAAGCGGCGAAUUGCCCAAAAAUAUUGCUCUUGCUGUUACUAUCGGCGCCAGUCGGAACGUUUAUGUUUCUCUACCUGAGUAUUCCUUCAAGGAAAAGUAUAUCAACAACCCAGAAUUCAAAGAGUACCAUGGGAAAUACAAACUACCAUCCGAAGAACAAUUGAGACAGGAUUUUACCAAAUAUGGGCAAGUAGAACAAAUUAAUUACUUGGAUGAUGGACAUUGUUGCUGGGUUAAUUUCAUGAAUAUCGCGCAUGCAAUCCGUUUAGUUGAAGAUUGUAAUUCACUGUCGCAACGUAAUUUAGAAAAAUUCCAUGCCCAAUUUGAUGGUCGUUACAAAAAUUUAAUCAUCGGUUAUGGUAAAGACCGCUGUGGGAAUGUUAAUAAGAACCUUACAGCCAACAAAAAUUCGAGGUUUUUCAAAAAAAUUAAAAAGCUAAAUUGUACAACUAAACCAAAUAAAAGGCAACAAUCAAAGAGGGGAACCAGCUCAGCAUCUUCUGACGACGCCAGAAAGGACGAUGCUUCGACCGAAAAAGUGCCAGUUUCCUCUAAAGAGCCUGUCUGUGAUGAAAUAUUGGGCUUAAAUGAUGAUAAUGCCCUCGCAGAAGGGUUGGGUAUUUCAUUAUCUUCAGCCUAUGUUAAUGAAUAUGGUGACGAUAUUUCCAAAAGGACGAACAAAAAAAACAGAAGCAAGACUGAAACGGUAGAAGAAGAUACUGGGUAUACUACUUCAGGAUCCUCGGAUAUUGACAUCAUUGUGGCCCCUCCACUCGAACAUAAUAAAGGGAAAGAGGGCAACUCCAAUCAUGGUAAAUCAAAGAGGAAAUCCCAAGGAGGGAAAAGACUCCAAAACGGAGCCCAAGACGGAGUCGGAGGGGGGUACGGUGGCCACAGCCAGCAUUAUCUGGCGGGUUCAUUUGAACUCGUUAACUCAAACACCUAUCUAGAUUCUAUACCGCCUCUGGUGCCUUCUCCAAUUAAUCAGCACUUUCAUGACAAAAGUUUAUGCCGUGGUUCCGCUCACGUUAAUGAUAAUAACAAUGCAUUGGGAGGAUUCAACAACUACAGCUACAAUUGUGGGGGCAGCAACAACGGCAACAGAACGAGGAGGAGACGGCAGGCCAAAUUCUCUAAACCCAUCGCAGGACAAGACGUCAUGAGUCAAUAUUUAGAACAACUACACCAUUCCACAUUCCUGUACUCCACCAACAUCCUCGGUGCAACUACAGUACAUGAUCCACUGGGAUUCUAUGACGUGAACGCUAACGAACCUUAG